CUUUGCACACCCUAUAAUGGUGGAUGGGAUUGCACAGUAGUGAAGAGAAAAAUCAUAAGCCAGCCGACAGGCAAUUGAAGGCAACUCGGCGACUCUCUUUAUGCGUAAUCCUGCCAACCGUGGAUAUAUUAUACGGAGUAUUUUUUUAUUCACUUUACAGGUCUAUCUGCAAAAGCUGUAUCCAAUGCCAUGAACAUUUGAGAGUGGACUCGUCACUAGACGGGAGCAAUGCGUUAUGGAGUCCGGGAAUCUCAUAACUGAAAUUUGGAGACCCAGAAUGCCAAAAACUUCAUAACUGAAAUCCACCUAUUCAUUUUCAUGCUGGCCUGCAGUUGCAGAUGUCUUCCUUGUCUCAGGUUAUUCGUUCAUGUACUAAGAAGAAUUCCAUUGUUAGUGGCAAAGCAGCCCAUGCCAGGCUCAUCAUUUCUGGGUCAAAACCUGAUGUCCAUACAAACAAUCACCUGCUCACGAUGUAUUUAACAUUCCAUGAAAUUGAAAUCGCCCAUAAGCUACUCGACCAAAUGCCCGAACGAAGCAUAGUGACGUGGACAACAUUUAUUUCUGCUUAUUCUCAUAUCGGUAUGCCUGAAAAAGCUUUAGGGUGCUUCCGAAAAAUGGUUCUUGAAGAUGGGUUUGCUCCAAACCAUUAUACUUACGUGGGUGUGUUAUCUGCUUGCAGUAGCUUGGGGGCUGCGAGAACUGGGAAAGAAAUCCAUGCGAGGAUAUUCAGAGCUGACAAGUUGUUUAAUAGCUUUGUAAGCAACUGUUUGGUUAAUUUUUAUGGGAAAUGUGGGCUCUUGAAGUCUGCUCGGUUUGUGUUUGAUGCUAUCCUGGAGCCAAAUACAGUAACUUGGGCCUCACUUCUUUCAUGUCAUUGCCAAUGUGGGGAGUAUGAAGAGGGACUGAGGAUUUUCCUGAAGGCAUUGAGAGAGGGAGUGCUGGUUAAUGAAUUCAUAUGUGGGAGUGCUCUGGUUGCUUGUGCUGCAAUGGAGUGUCUUUGGCUUGGAAUAGAAAUUCAUUGCCUGAUCGUGAAAUGUGGUGUCAAAAUGGAUCAGUAUAUCAUCACUGGGUUGGUCAAUUUUUAUGUAAAGUGUGGCCAACUAGGCUUGGCACGUAAGGCUUUUAAUACAGAAGGUGCUCCUGAUUUGCAUGCUUGGACUGCCUUGAUCGGAGGUUUUGUGCAUCUAGGGAAGAGCAGGGAGGCUGUUGAUCUUUUUUGCAGUUUGCUUUCUUCAGGCAUGAAGCCAAGUGAAAGAACAUACGCAUCAGUCCUUGGGACUUUUGCCGUUACAGAGGAAUCUCAAGCCGGAAAACAACUUCACUCUUCCAUCAUAAAAUAUGGAUUUAAUUCGUUCACCUUUGUUUGCAAUGCCUUGGUUGAUUUUUACUCAAAGAACAAUCUGAUUGAUGAGUCAUUGAAGAUUUUUCAAGAAAUGACUGAAUAUGACAUUGUUACUUGGAACACAUUUUUAGCCGGAUAUAUACGCUCCGGUCAUUAUGACCAAGCUAUAAAGAUCCUCCAAAAGAUGUUGUUUGAGGUGGGGCUCAUACCUAAUCUGCAUACGUACUCUUCCAUAUUGAGCAUAUGUGGGGAGUUGCCAGCCGUAGAAUGGGGCAAGCAAGUUCAUUGCCGCAGUUUGAAGCCCCGUUUUGAUUCCAAUGUGGUUGUAGGAAGCGCCCUGAUUGACAUGUAUGCUAAAUGUGGACGGUUGGACGAUGCACGGAAAGUUUUUGAUAUAUUGCCUUGUAAAAACUUGGUAUCUUGGAACACUAUGCUCGUCGGUUAUGCGCAUCAUGGAUUUGGGUUAGAAGCUUUGGAGGUUUAUAGUUUGAUGCAAGAAAAUGGGGUUAAUCCUAAUGAUAUUACUUUUAUUGGAGUACUAUGUGCUUGUGGACAUGGAGGGCUUUUAGAAGAGGGAUUAGACCACUUCAAUAGCAUGAGAACGAAGUAUGGAAUCACUCCAAGGACAGAGCACUUAGCUUGCAUGGUCAAUUUAUUUGCACGUAAAGGACAUAUAAGAAGAGCGUAUGAUUUCAUUAUGAACUUUUCUGGGAAACCAGAUAAGGUGGUUUGGCGUUGUCUUUUGUCAGGAUGCUUCACAAAUAACGACUAUAUUCUGGGGAGCUCCGCCGCGAAGGAGAUUUUAAAAAUUGAUCCAAAUGAUGCAUCGGCCCACAUUAUGUUGUCUAAUAUUUAUGCGAGGUUGAACAUGUGGGAUGAAGCAGCCGAGAUGAGAAAAAUUAUGAAAAAGAAAGAACUAAAGAAGGAAACUGGGUAUAGUUGGAUGGAAUUUGAGAACAAGAUGUAUUCUUUUUCUUCAAGGCAGAAUAUGGAUGAAGGGUUUACAAUGGCUCCAGUGGGUAGGUUGAAAGUUCCACAAUUAUUGGGUGAAAUUAUUGAAUAAUGCAUUCCAGCUAUCAAAGAAGAUGGGAAAGAAAGGAUCAAGCACAACCUGGCACAAUUCAAAUGGGAGGAAACAGAACCAUGUUAAUGCCAGUUUGGGCCAGUGGUUCUGCGUACUCCCCAUUUCUAGAAUCGCAAGGCAGCUACUGGAAUCAUCAAGGUUUACAUGCAACGUAGGCUGCAAACAAGCCAUGCAAUUUUCGAUGUGAUAUUCAUCAUGGGGUGGGAGCCUUUGUGGCACUGGGAUCUGAAUGUUCUGAUGGAUCUUUGCAAAGAGAUGGCAGCAGAAAGGGCAGCAGCACCAAUUAAAUCUAAGAACGGAGCUGAAGGCUUGAUGCCCAGCGGUGUUGCAAACCAGAAUAUGAGAAUUGCAGAGAAAGCCCACAUUCACCCGUCAGAGUGCGGGCCCUGUCACAUCUGAUAGCUUAAUGUGUUUAAAAUGUUAGUGAUGCGCAAAGCUGGAUGUUUUGAUGGAUAUUGCAAAGACAUGGCAGCAGAAAGAACAACAGGUCCAACUAAAUCUAGGAACACAUGAGCUGAAGGUUUGAACUUUGAAGCUUAUUGGCAUUACAAACUAGAAUAUGAAAACUGCAGAGAAGCCUCUGGCUCCCUCAGAGAGGCGCCGUCAGUAAUGAAGCCUUGUGAAGAUAGCACUGUUGAUGCCUUCCCCAAGGACUUAUAUAGUUGGGCAGUCUUGGCUGUAAUUUUAUAGUCUAUCCUGGAGAUGCAAUGGUUUACUAUGGCAAACAGGCAAAGCAAAAGUGUCGUUCUGGUCUGCAAAUCCCAAUGAUGUAAGGGGCAAUCAUUCUCUUGUUAAUUUUUGACAAGAGUGGAUCCUGAUUCCUGGCCAGCAUCACAAGUCUAUUUUUUGUUAGCUUCAUAGUUUUUUUUUAUGUUUUCUUCCACCACAUGAGAAGAUUGGUGAUAUUUAUUACUGAGUAUUUGUUUGGUUUUGUGUCCCCUCAUUAGCAGUGAACAUACUUUCUAAAAUGUCAUCUCUUUUUAUCACAUUUUAAAGUUACUAAUUAAUCAACGCAUAUCCAAACACCGUUAGUCUGGAC